UCUCGCUUUGAUCACCUCACUCACAAUUACAAGCACUCUUUCUCUCUGUCUUCCUCGCUCGUUUACACAUCCUCCAACCUUCAACUUUCAGCUUUUUUUAAUCCCCCUCUCCUUUCCAAAUGGCCAGUGUUGAGGUUGCACAGCAAACACCAGCAACAGUGCAAGAUACAGAAGCAACCGAGGUGACGAAGACCGUGGAAACAACCCCGGAAGAAGUAGCAACUGAGGUUCCUGCCACAGAACAACCAGCUGCCGAGGUUACUGCCCCAGAAGAACCAGCCGAUGAGGUUCCUAACCCAGAAUCAACCACCGAAGAAGCACAAAAGGAAACCACCGAAGUUGCAGCAGAAACAACAACUACAGAAGAAAGCCCAGAUGAUACAAAAAGCGAAGUUCCAGUUGAAGUUGUGAGCGAGGAGAGAGAGACAAAGGAGACAGAGGAAGCGAAGGCAGAGGAAGAGAAGUCAGCAGAAGAGAAAAGUGAGGACGUGAAAGAAAAGGAAACAGCAGAGGAGACCAAAGCAAGUACUGAAACAGAAGCAGCAGUCACAAAGGAAGAGAACAAACCCACUGAGGCAGUGGAAGAGGUUCCUGUUGUUGAGAAGACUGAAGCAUAGACCUAUGGACAGUGUAAGAAAAGAAGUUUGAAAUGGUCCUACUUGUGGGGAUCGGCUCUACCAUUUUGCAUGCCAAGUUCAAAAGCUUUCUCCUAUUUUAUUUCUUUAGUUUUAUAUUAUUAUUAUUAUUAUUAUUAUUAUUAUAUUAUGAUGGUUGUAUGGAGGGUAUACCUACGUGUAAGCACGACACUUGGCUCCACAUCAGCAUGCUUGGCAAGGGAUGACAUGCGUGAGCUUAGGAGUGAUGUUUAUUGGCUGGGUUAAAUGACUUUGUGAUGGUGUGUUAUUGUGUUUCUUUAGCUUUCAAUAAAUAAUAUUUACUUUAUAAGUUA